AUGGCUGACCGCCGAAGGGCUCGGAGGAUGGCCAACCACACGCUGGAACCCGUCAAUGCUGCCUGCAACUGCCCACCGGAGGACCAGAGUCACUGGGGUCAUCAAGUCCUGCCGCCUGUUGACAGCGGACAGCCCCACUUGCAGCACGGUUCCGACCCCCACCUGCCAUCGACCACAACAACCAGGCGCCGGCUCAGCUACCCUUCCUACCACAAGAUCCUUUCCACUGACGCUGCUUGCCAGGCCUCAAGGAAAAUGCCAUAUACCACAUGACUCAGUAAGACCCGUGGUCAGUCAAGAACAGCUGAUGUGUUGC